AUGCUCACGCCCGUCCGUUUCCUAGUGUAUUGGGCCUAUGUCCACGGCCUCCUUCCGGCCGCUCUGCUCGUCUCGGACGCCGUGCAGACCCGCGAGGAUGCGCCGAGUUGGCAUCAGUACGUCAGGGCCCCGGCAAGCCGGGCCGUGGGGCCAAAGGAGGUCCUGUCGCAGUAUACCGCAGGAAACGUGACCAAUGCAAACGCCCUGGUCGGCGACGGAGGGGACGCGGCAUAUCUCACGCGCGCGAGCGGAUCGAGUGAGGUCCCGACCGUCGUGAUCGACUUUGGACAAAAUGUCGUCGGGCUCCUGGAGAUUGAGUUUGCUGGGUCCGAGAGCUAUUCGGAGUUGGGGCGCCCGGGGCUCAAGAUGAGCUUCUCGGAGACGCUGCAGUUUUUGACGAAUCGGAGCGACUUUACGAGGUCUGAUAAUGCGGAUGGGGAUGAAAAGAUCACCAAUGGAACAGAUCAGAUUGCUGUUCAAUCUGGAGCGUACACAUGGCUGGAUCAAUGGGGCUGCCAACAUGACAACCAAGUAUGCUCCGAUGGGCUGCAUGGCUUUCGAUAUUUGAAGAUUGAACUUGAUGCGCUGGCUAGCGAUUCACCUUACACAACCUCGGAGGGUGUUGUCGCAAUAACCUCUAUCCAAUUGCAAUGGUCGGGGUACUUGGGAACACCAGACACCUUUACGGGAUGGUUCGAAUGCUCGGACGAGCAGCUUACGCAGUGGUGGUUCGACGGCGCCUACACGACAGAAAUGAACACUGACGUGUUCCGGGCUAAUGACACCGAACCUCGUGAUGCGACAAGCCCUUCGCUGCUCGACAAGCUCGUUAUUCAUGAUGGACCCAAGAGAGAUCGCGACCCCUAUAUGGGCGACCUGGCUGUAUCUGCUCUCACUAGCUAUCUGACACACGAUAUCUUUGAAGCUGCACGAAAUGUCAUGGAAGACCUGGUUCAGCACCAACGUAGUGAUGGGUGGAUUCCACCCGCUAGUAUUCGUAAUUACGAACUCCCUCUCUUCGACUAUCCACUCUGGUGGGUUUCGUGUAGUUGGGAGCACGUGUAUUAUAUCGGGAAUCUCACAUACCUGGAAUCCUACUACGGGAACAUGAAGGUUCUUUUGGAUAACUACUAUCCUCUUAAUACGGACAACAGUACUUCACUACUUCUACGGCCUGACGGUUACGGUGAUUACGCUUUCCUCCAGCGCCCUGGAUCGGCAGCUUAUUAUAGUGCCUUGUACGUCCUAGCUCUUGAGAGAGCUGCUGAUCUAGCCACGAUAGUCGAUCAAGAUGCCGACGCAGAAAACUGGCGACAGAGAGCCAAGGUGGUCGCGCAGUCGUUCGUUGAUGUACUCUGGGACCCGUCAGUGAACGCAUUUUUCGAUCGCAGUUGCUCGGAUGAGGGCUGUAGUGCACACGCGCAAGAUGGCAACAGCCUGGCCAUCCUGUCUGGCAUCAUAGCCGCCAACUCCAGCGCGGCUACAUCACUUCUGUCCUAUCUAUCGUCCGCGAAUUCGUAUCCAUAUGGAAAUUCCUUCUAUGAUGCCGGAGGCGAUAAUCUCGAUAGCUGCGAUGAAUGCUCGCAGCGUGUGUACGCUUUCAUCUCCUACUUUGAGAUUGCAGCACGUUUCCAAGCCGGACAGGCGACUUCGGCACUGGAACAGCUUCGCCGCAUGCACGGUUGGAUGGCUGCUCACGACCCGGAGAUUACGUUUUGGGAAGGUAUCGGCACCAAUGGUGAACCAUAUGAGGAUGCUUUCACGAGUAUGGCGCAUGGAUGGAGUACAGGCAUUGUGCCUCUUUUGAGCAAUUAUGUUUUGGGAGUCAAGCCAACCGAGCCCGGCUUUGAGAGCUGGAGUUUGAAGCCUAAUGUGGGAGAUCUGAGCUGGGCGAAGGGUGUGAUUCCGACGCCGGAUGGCCCGAUCAGUGUGCAAUGGACACUGGAUGAUGAUAGCUACGAUAUCUGUGUCGAGGCACCAUCGAGCACAGGUGGAGUAGUUGAGGUUCUGUUGGAAGGCCUGGGAAGUCGUGAUUUUGUCAUCAAUGGAGAAAUUGUAUGGUCUGAUGGCAACACCACGAGUUCCAAGGCGACUCUGAUUGAUGGCAUUAUUAGAGUCGAGCUGGCAAAAGGAGAAGCUAGCAAUCUGUCGUGUCUGAACAGCUGA